AUGUUGAGCAUUGGUGCUUCAAGGAAGAUGAGGAGCUGGAGCCGGAGCAAUGGCAUCGCAAUGGCUCGAUUGAUUCGAAGCGAUAUUAGACACAUAUCUGAUGCGGCUAAUAACGCAGACUUGUUCCGAGUAUUAAGGGGCCGUGUGAGUGUUUUAAAGAUAGCUCCGGAUGCACGAUUGAUACCGUACCUGGAGCUAGCCGGAUUUGGGUCAGUAGCAUUGAUUCGGUCCUCCGACUUGCGCUUUGAUUUAUUAUCUGCGCUAGUGGAGCGGUGGCGUCCGGAGACCCAUACUUUCCAUUUUCCGUGCGGGGAGUGCACGGUGACCUUGGAGGAUGUUGCAGUGCAGCUUGGGCUCCCAAUUGACGGGAGUCCCGUAACGGGAGUAUCUUCAUUCACCGAUCCGGCUGCAGUUUGCUAUCAACUCCUAGGAGAGUCACCAAAGGAUUGUGAUAAAUAUUUUUCCGGCAUAAAAUUUACAUGGCUAAAAGCCAAAAUUAGACAAUUAUCAGCGACCGCCACUGAAGGUGAGUUGAUGUGCACUGCUCGAGCGUACAUCAUGCAUAUGAUAGGGGCAGUACUCAUGCUUGAUGCAAACAGCGACAGUGUGCAUUUGUCGUACUUGCCCCUGCUAGCUGAUUUCUCCACUGCUAGGUCGUAUAGUUGGGGUUCCGUCGUUCUAGCAACGCUGUACCGGGAGCUUUGUCGGGCGACAGAGCCGCAAGUUAAAGACAUCGGUGGAUGCCUCAUACUGCUGCAGUCAUGGGCGCUUUAUCGGAUGCUGUUUUUGGCACGCGUUAGUCACCAACCCUAUGUGUAUCCACUGCCACUCAGGUGA